AUCCUUACGCAACUCGGGGACGCAAUGUACUAACGGAGGCUAUCGACCUUCCCACUGUUACUUGAAAUAACUGUUAAGUUGUUGGAAAUACUUGGUAUCUUGAAUAGCGCAGGGCGUCCGCGCGGCCGCCACGGCCAGUCAGCUUCAUUCGCCAGACUCGAUUACAACGAACAUCAACCCGUUACAUUCCCGCUAAUUCGUCACCACUAAAAUUUUUACAUAAAAAUGAGUGCUAAAUUUACAUUUCUCAUUUACUACUUUUUAACGGUUUGUCAUGUUAAAUCAAUUUCAUACGAUCAGCGGCAAACGGGUGAAUUUAAUGUUCAAGUUGAUGUUAAAGAUGUGCAAAUUAUCGCUCUUAUGAAAGGUGGCAAAGAGGAGUAUGUGGACUACGACUACGCCUAUGAUUAUUCAGAGAUGACAAUAAAACCGCAAAAUCGAACGACGCCGAAACCAACGACAACCAACGGUACAAGUGCGAAAACAGAUUCAAUACGAGAUAAAACUACAACAGCUUCAACGGUGCUCGUCGAGCGCACGACUUCGCCGCCCAACAUCUCGGAGACAUACAACACAACACUUGCGGAUGUAACAACAGUAAAAAGUACAGUUGAGAUUAGCAAUGUAACAGAAAGUGCGGCGACAACGGAUAAAAAGAACGUGACUACAACAUCCGAAUCUACAAUUACUGGCUGUAAGAAGGGAUUCGUUUUGAACCAAAAAGGGGAAUGUGAAUUGAAACUACAAGGAACAGGAAAUGCGUUGCUUAAGCUUGUAAAACUUUCACAAAAGCUAAAGUUAAGAAGAGAAAACAAAAGCAAGACAGAAGAUGAUUAACAGAAGAUGCCACAGAUAAUGAAAUCCAUCCGAUAGUUUAAAGAUCAAAAGAUUGAAGUAAAUAUUAAUUAUUGUCCAAGACUGCUAAUAAAUUUGUAAUUUUUAUCCA